AAACCAAUCUGGAUUUAGAAACGGCGACGAUUUCGUUGCUUCGGAGUCCGCCACAACAAAUGGCACUCCCUUUCCAUCUCCAACCUACGACCCUCUUCCUCACCAAAUUCCCCAAACCCCUCUCCCCACUCUGCUACUUCACCGCCACCAUGUCAAACGAGGCUGACCCAACAAAACCAACUUCCCAAAACACCCUCCAAACCCCACAAAACUACCCUGUGCCACUCUCCCCCCCACUCCCUCCCAUCUCCAAGAACAUAGAGCUCACCAGAGCCACGUCGGCCUCUUCUAAUUCCGGCCUCUUCACUCUGUCACCAACCCAUGUGCUGUACCACGAUGAGUGGCUCAUUGCUGUGAACAAGCCUCAGGGGGUCUACUGUGAGACCGUACUCGCCUCGGUACCUCAGCUUCUCUGUGACUCGGCCGACUCGGAAGGGACCAAGGUCAACUUUCCAGAGCUUCAUCUUGCUAAUCGACUUGAUCGUGACACCAGUGGUGUUAUGAUGAUAACAAAGUCCCACAAAGUAGCUUCUAAGCUUGUCAAGGCAUUCACUGAUCACAAGGUUACCAAAACAUACAUUGCACUCUGUGUUGGUCCAGCUCCAAGAUGGGAAAAAAUAACCAUCAAAUCAGGUCAUGGCCGGUCGAAGUUUGGGGUCUGGCGUGUGUAUGCUGCGUCAGAUGUGGGUCGGACGCUACCUGGUGGGUCACUAGUCAAGGACAUGGAAACAUCAUUUGAAGUAUUAUCAAUAAAUGGACAAGGGAGCUUCAAAGAGCUAUCUGAAUUUAGGAAAGAUGAAGAAAAUACUAUAGUAGUUGAAGAGAAAGCGGUACCAGAGAGUGAUGUGAACAAGGAUGAGAUAUUGAUAAGAGCUUAUCCUCGGAGUGGAAGAACACAUCAAAUUCGCUUGCAUUGUCAGUAUCUUGGAAUUUCUAUUAGAGGAGAUGUGAAAUAUGAGGGCAUCUAUGAGUGGAAAGGGAGAAUUUAUGAUGGCCACGAACUUCAUGCAGAGAGCUUGUCGUUUGAGCACCCUGUUACUGGUCUUCCAAUCAUGUUUCAAGCACCUGUGCCUUCAUGGGCCAGGCAGGCAGUGCAGCACUAAUAUCAAAAUGGCCUCCUUGUUUACUGUGUGGACUUCUAUGGCUGGGGAGGAUUCUCCCAACAUAAUGAGGAAAACUGAUAUUAGACAGUUUGCUUUUCUGAGGUGCAAACUGGAAAUUUUAUCCAUGGACAUGAUGCUAUAGAUUUUAGGCGGAUGUCAACUGUCAAGUAUAGCCAAUUCAUGUUGAUGGCGUUGGUUUUUUCACUCUUUCAAUUCCCAGAUUGUUCUCUAUGUAAAAGGUAUUUUGCUAAAAGCAAAAGGCAAGGGCUUCAAGCACAAUCCCUCCUGUUGCAAGUGCAGCACUUUCCUCGCCAUCACUUCUCUGUCAGCUGUCGCAGAAAGCUGCCAAAAACAUCUUCAUUUAGGCUUCACUUACCCUGAUGUUGCUUCAGAAGAUGUUGUGACAAGUGUUUUAGGACGUCAUAUGCAUAAAGAGCGCAUGCUGAAAUUAUCAACAUCAUGAGGUCACUUUUCUCAUUUGAAAAAAUUAAUUCAUAUGGAAAUAUUGGAUCAAUUUCCUAUAGCAAUUUAAUUUUUUUUCCUGAUUUUUGGGCAUGAGCUCUCAACCACAAAGUAUGGAAGAAAUGCCGAAUUUAAAUAUGUUAUCCAAAUUUGUGCACAUAAUUUUGAAUAAUGGUACGCUUUCUUUUUCUGUUAAA